GCCUCCGCCCGGGCCGGGGCUGGGCAGCGCAGAGGGCAGGGCCGCAGCGGCGAGGCUGCGGGGCGUGGAGGCGCGGGGCCGGAUAAAAGGCGGCCGGGCGGCCCCACCCCCGCGGCAGGCCGGCCGGCGGCUGAGCUCCGCGCGUCCGUUCCAUCCCGCCCGCGCCGGCGGCGGCGGCGGGGAGGCGGCGCGCGCGGCCCGCAGCCGCCCAUGGAGGCUUUCCCCUGGGCGCCCCCCUCGCCCCGCCGCGGCCGCGCCCCCCCGCCCAUGGCGCUCGUGCCCAGCGCCCGCUACGUGAGCGCCCCGGGCCCGGCGCACCCGCCGCCCUUCAGCUCCUGGAACGACUACCUGGGGCUCGCCACGCUCAUCACCAAGGCGGUGCGCGGCGAGCGAGGCUUCGGAGACGGAGACCGCGGCGGCGGCGGCGGCGGCUCCCCGCCCUCCUCUUCCUCCUCGUCCUGCUGCUCCCCCCACGCGGGAGCCGGGCCCGGGGCGCUGGGGCCGGCGCUGGGGCCGCCGGACUACGACGAGGAUGACGACGACGACAGCGACGAGCCGGGGUCGCGGGCCCGCUGCCUGGGCGGCGCGCUGGACCUGUGCGCCGGCCCCGCCGAGGCCGCGCUGCUGGAGGAGCGCUUCGCCGAGCUGAGCCCGUUCGCCGGCCGCGCGGCCGCCGUGCUGCUGGGCUGCGCGCCCGCCGCGGCCCCGGCCGAGGGGGUCCCGCCGCGGGAGGAGCGGGCGCUGGCGUGGGCGGCGGAGCCCCGGCUGCACGCGUCCUCCUCCUCCUCCUCCUCCCCCCCCGGGGCGGCCGCCGCGCGGCUGCUCAAGCCCGAGCUGCAGGUGUGCGUGUUCUGCCGGAACAACAAGGAGGCGGUGGCGCUCUACACCACGCACAUCCUGAAGGGCCCCGACGGGCGCGUGCUGUGCCCGGUGCUGCGGCGCUACACGUGCCCCCUGUGCGGCGCCAGCGGCGACACGGCGCACACCAUCAAGUACUGCCCGCUGUCCAAGGCGCCGCCCGCGCGCCCCCGCGACGGCCCGCCCGGCAGGAAGCUGCGCUGAGCCCGGCCGGCCGCCUGCCCGCUCUCCAUCGCUUCCUCCUGGAGCUCAGUCCUCGGUUCUUCUUGGGAUGUCGUCUUGGUUUAUUUAUUUUUUUUUUUCCAAAGCAAGCCGGCCGUUCGGAGUCCCGUGGAGGAGACAAGACGCUACAAUCUUGACUUUUCUCUGGUUUCCAGUCUGUGCACGUCCGGACGGCGAAGGCUGUGCGCGUCCCGCUCACUGAAACGUGGCAACUUAGAGGCGCUAUUUACUCUCUAUCUAUACUCCGACCUAUUUUAGAUGCGCAUCGGUAUGAAAUUGUCUAAUCUUGGAUGUUUAAUUUUAUUCACGGAGGCACUUUACUAGGUCUAGAAUAUUUUUUUAAAAGCCUCUCUAUUGAACUUAGGCGAUUUUAUGGAAUGUCGGCAAAGUGACUUUUAUUGUUUGAAGAGGUGUUUAGUUGUCUUUGAUCAGUUAUUCUGGUGCCAGGGGAAGCAGCCCCUGGUAGAAUCCGUUUUGAGAAGUGAAGGUUUUGAAAACUUUCCGGUAUUGCUUUGGGUGGGCGUUCCCUCCUCGUGGCUUGUUUCUGUCCUAGCUGGAGGUGUAAAAACGCACAAUCUGUAGCGGGUAGAACACAGCUCCUUAUUCUCCUAUGUACCAGAUCUUUUAUUACUUCACUAGAAACUGUUUUUCACCUUUAAAAAAUGUGCCGCUAUAGAUCAUGUUGUGUAUACACUUGGAAAUGGUGCUGUUAAGAAAUUGACUUGUGUAUUUAUACAGUAACUGUAUAUGAAUUCAUUAAUCUUACCUAGAACUUUUGCUACUUGGCUUUUUGUCUAUGCACCUCCCCCUUCCCGGUUCUUAGAAACACUGUGAUACUGAGGUGGAGAGGGAGCUGGAUUGACCCUGAGUCGCUCCAUGUCAGGGUUCCAAACCAGGGGAAGCUCAUUCCACCUGUUGCCUUUCAAACUAAAUGGAAGAUGAAGUCCUCUGCACUCCGGAAGGUUAACGCAGUCAUCUAUGUUCAAGAAGGUUCCACUCUGGGCUGCCUGGCUUUAAGGCAGUCCUCAAACCAGAAUAAGCAUUAAGUAUGGAGUUGGGGGUUGGAGACAAGGAGCUAGACCUCCGUGUGUUCCCAUUCUCACUGGAAGACCCCAGGCUAUUUCUGGAACCUGACCAGUUAGUUACCCAUACAUGAGAUUAAACCUGAUCCUCAAGCAAAGGUUCUUAACCACUACUCUACCUCCCACCCUCAUGUUUAAACCCACCAAGUUUAAACGUGUAACUAGGUCAAGACAGGAGGCAAAAGUGGAAAUAAAGAUGAAUCCACCAGAAACACAAAAUGCUUAUCUGAAAGUUUAGGUUAUUAGAGGUUAGACUGCUUUCAUACUAAAAAGCUAGCUUCCUCCACAGCAAUUGGCUUGAACACUGCUUUGAAGGUUAACGGAGGCUGGAGUAGAUAACCUUGGAUAGCUCUGAGCCUUUUUGUUCAGGGAAGGUGCAUCAAGGGAGAGGGUUGAGGGCAUACUUCGGUUUCCGCCGGGAAAAAAUGCACUCCUGCUUGUCUAGCCCCAGGCCAUAGGACUUGAGAUGUGACUGGGCCCAAACUCAAGCAGUUUAACAAAGCCAUGUAAUCGCUCCUUUUGCUAGAAAAUACAUCAGCUUAAAUUGUGCUGUGGGGGUAAUUUUCAGGUCAACAUGAAUCCGUGCUACCACUCCCACUGCUAUUCUCCUUUUCAAGUCACUAUAAACCGAUCAGUCAUUCUUCAGCCAGGAGUAGGCCGGCAGCUACUUUGUGUUUUAAAAGAGCCAAAUUAUAGACACAGCUUCCAGGGCUCAGGCUUGUAGCUUUAAUAUAUCUUCAGUAUGCAAAUCCAUUGGUGGGCUGUGCCUAAAUGGGAACACCUUGAACAAGGAGUUCAAGUCCCUGUCAGAAGAGUAUUGGGGAGGUAUCCAGAAGACCCUCACAAUUAGUUCGGCAACCGUUACGUUAAUCCACUUCAAACACAUCCCUAUCACUUCCCCUCAGAUCUGCAUUACUCUCCUGUCUAACAUUAAAAGUGUUUUAUUUAGACUUAAUGUCAUUAAUAUUCUAGAUACCUUAUGAAAAGUAUUCUAACCACACUAGUUAAAAUCAACCUUCCAGUUCUUCAAAGUUUAAAAAAACAUGAAAAACUUAUUUUCGAAAAAACAUACUAUAUACUUGGCUAAAAGCAAAAUACUGUAUGGAAUCCUCAAUACCGACCUUGGAGGCACGGACAGCCCUAAACUGCCUGUCUGUAGAGACAGUUCCAGUGCUUUUUAAUGUCUGAAUUUCAGUUUUCCUGUGAAGUCCUUUUUGGAAGCUGCAGAAUUACUCUGAUUACAACUUUUGGCCAAGAUUUAUUAUAAGCCAAAACUAUGUUUUAAAGUUAUACCACAAGUAUAUGUACUACUUUAAGGGAAAGAAAAGGCACGUUUUUAGUCCAAAUUUUCUGUUCUUGGCCACAUGAGAAACAUACCUCCCGUAGUGUCCCAUGUGUGUCAGCCUUGUAAAAUUAUAAAUCAGUCCACAACCAAAAUGGUAAAAA